AUGGCCGAAACGUAUGAAAUCUUUGGGCAGAUGAAGAUGGGCCCGGGCACAGCAUGCCCGGUGGAGCUCAUGGGCAAGAAAGCAAAGCUGAAGUGCACUGAAGGCGAUGUCUUCGAGCUACCGGCCGAUGCAGUUGCUUUGGCAUACAGGGCAAGGACCGAUCUCCUUGACAAAGGCUGCGAUGCAGAGCUUCAGUACCCGAUCAAAAAGUGUGUCAUGCUCAAGCUGGUGGAGUAUCUCAAGCAUCACAGAGAACACGCAUGCAGUGAGAUUCGGACUCCUCUCAUCAGCGACAACUUGGCCGAAUGUGGUGCUACACGCUGGGAUGCGAGCUUCGUGAAUAUGGACAAGGAGAUGCUGUUUGAUCUGACCGUUGCAGCCAGCUACUUGGACAUCCCUGGUCUUUGGUUUCUCCUUAGCGCAAAGGCUGCGAUCAUCACCAACAAGAAAAGUGCAGACAAGCUCCGCAAGGAGUUUAGCAUGGCGAACGACUUGCCAGCUGCAGAAGAGGCUGAGCUCAAGCGUGACUAUGCAGCAUCUUUGCGCCUGGAGGGUGACGUGGAUCUCUCUCAGCUGGCAGCGUCAUCUGUCAUCCGAAGUGGUGUGAAGGCAGCAGAGUACAAGGCUGGCAUCAAGCAGCUAGAAGAUGGCUUGGAGCCGCCAUCCUCUGCAAUCUCCAACUUGUCUAGUUGGCGACAUGCCUUGUGGCGGGCCGCAGUGUUAGAUGACUGGAAGCUCUUGCAAAACGCACCAGAGCAGGUGAAGAAUGACCGAGACCUGGUGAAGAGUGCGAUCUUGACAAGCCAAGGAGCGGCCUUGAAGCUUGCUUCUCCAGAGAUGCGGGCAGACGAAGCGCUAGUGCUGGAGGCCACGAAGUACUUUGGCACUGCCUUUGCAGAUGCAGCUCCGGAGCUGCGAAACAACAAGGAUUUCCUUUUGAAGGCUGUUGGAGUCCAUGGUGGUGCCAUGACCGGAGCACCAGAUGCAGUGCGAAAUGACAAGUCCUUCAUGGUGGGUGCCGCAAAGGCUGGCAAGGGUGCUGCGCUGCAGGGGGCCACCAUGGCUCUGAGAGACGACCGCAACUUGAUCCUUGAGAUGGCCGUGCACGAUGCAGAGGCUUACAAGCAUGCAUCAGAGGACUUGCUCAAUGACAAGGACUUUGCAGUCGCAGUGGCCAAGCGCAAUGGCAAGGCACUAAAGUUCAUGAUCCCUGCUUUCCGAGCAGACCCAGAUGUGGUGCGGGCUGCCAUCACCAGAGAUCCGCAGGCCGCGCAGUAUGCUCAUGCGUCUAGGCGAGCAGAGCUGGGUAUGAUCCAGGAUAGCAUGCAUGGCGAAGUCCAGCUGCAAGCGGAGCUGGAAAGCCAGAAGAAAGCAGCGCAGGAGGAGGCAGCAUCGACCUUGGCACUUGCCACGACGGCUGGCCCUCGUCAGGUUCCCAUGCAAGCUCUUCCAUCCAGGCCCACUUACACAUGCAUGAAGCUCCAGAAGACAGUGCAGUUCACGGCAAUGAGUACAAUGACGGCGAAUAUGGGCCAGUCCAAUUACAUUGCAGCGAACAGUUACCUGGACAAGAUUCCAGGGAUGCAAAGGCCGGAAGUCGAUGCGGUUGGCCUCAUGUGGGGUGCUGUCGGAGGCAUCGGAAUGCGCUUCAAGGCUUUUGCCUCGGAGGACAUCCUGAAUGCUACUCCAGAGCUGUUGCUCACCAUUCCCGACUCGUGCAAGGUGCUGUGCGCGGCAUGUUGUACAAUCAACCCGCCCGAGUGGUUCUCGGCGUCCCACUUCGACAAGUUCAGCCGAGAGAUGUACCUGUCCCCCAGUGCAGGCCAGAUCAAGCUCGAAGAACAGACAACUGAAGUAGCUGCCCAGGCACACUGGGAGAAGCAUCUUGAAGAUGACCGCAAAGCUCUACAGGACUUGGCUAGUGUCGACCGCCGCCCUGUUCCAGACAACUUUGCCUUGGUCAAGGCUCCCGCCCAGCCCGCUCUGGCAAAUGCGCCACUGGGGGGAUGGCCCAGCCUUGUGUCCAGUCCGCCAUCCAGCGGCGGCAGCGUGCCCCUGCAGAAAGGCACCAGGGUGCGCCUGACAGGCCUUCGUGCGAAGAAUGGUGUAUGUGGGACUUUGGCGCAGCAGUACGGCGAUGGUAAGUGGAAAGUGAAGCUAGAUGACGGCUCGGGCAAUGCCUUGCUACGCCCCGGCUUCUUCGAGCCAUUCCUCGCAUGA